AAAUGUAAUCUGAACCUUUUAUUACACGUUCAAUCCUUAAGCAUAGGAUUUAGUUUUAACAACUGGUCAAGACAUAGUCAACGACUAGAUGCAGCGUUAUGGUGCCAUACUAUUUAUGCACAGUUAAACGCUGCAGAGAAAACGUACCUUUAGUUAGUUACAGAAAAAUAAAUAUAAAAUUAAUAAAACUGGGAUCUAAACUCCAAACCAAACUUUGUCUCAACACUAAGCUCUUCAAAAGACUCAUCACACCAGGGGUCGUGUCAAGCCAGAUCAACAGCAAUGAAAAACCAUCAUACGCCCAUACAGCUUCCAAAAGAAACACCGCCUCAAACUCGGACAACCAUGAUUCAACAGUUCCGCAAGCUCCAUCCCUAGCAUCCUUCCUCGAAGAAUUCAAAUCACUAAUAACCCCUCUCAUUUCUCUUCUUACAUCACUAAUUACCAAAUUGAUCAGUCAUAAUGACAAACAAUGCAACAAAUAUUAUUCUCUGGAAUGCAAAUGGCUUAUCCCAACAUAAACAUGAACUACAUAAUUUUUUUAUUCAAAAUAAUAUCCACACUCUAAUCCUAUAAUCACCCAACUAUCAUCCAAUCAAAUUCCAGGUAAUCCACCCAGGCGUCUGGAAAGGAACUGGUGUAGGGACCUACUCUCUCCUUAAAUCGCUUCCCACGGGGUGUCGCCAAUGGGCAACUUCCCCCUCCUGUAAAUCAA